ACCUAAACCCGCUACCCUCCGGACCGCCGCCAAUCACCGCACCGGCUUCCUUGACUGGCACUAAAACAGACCAAUUGAAAUUCUUAUCCCCGCCCCUUACGCAAGAACGGCAGGGCAAGCUAGAUAGAGAGCGCAGUGAUGGACCUGGGAGGGCACAGGCGCUUGCGCUAUAGGGUGACCGCUCCCGGCCGCGUGCGGCGCGAAGCUCAGCGCAAGCGCCAAGGCUCAGGCAGUUGGUCGGCCUCCUACUGCGCAUGAGCAACAACUACCGGGGAGGGUGCUGGGGUAGAGGCUCUGAACUAACGCCGCAGGUGAGGUCGUUAAACUGUGUCGUGCGCCUCGGCUCCUCCCGGACCGUGAAGGUCAAGGAAUGCGUACCGGUUCCCACUCUUUGUUCCUGUCUUAAGCAAGGGGGAGAAAUAGAAGGGCUGUACUUCAGCCGGCCGUUGAGAAGAGACCUAGCGGGUUUGAAGCGGGUGAGAUGGGUGUGGUAGUCCUGCAGGGCUGGGCGGUAACGACCCUUCCGCAGGGCACGCUGGGAGUUGUGGCUCAUCUCCUCUGGACUCUGAGCUGUGUGUAGAGAGGUGAUGGCUUCCGUUUUCCCCGUUACCUAAAACACUUCCUUACGUAUUCCUUCUACUGCUUCGAGGUUUUCUUCCUCCACGCCCAAUUUCCUACCCUUCCCUUCGGUCUUCAUCCACUCAACUGCGGACCCGUUAGAGAUGACAGGAGCUGGAGUUCUUAAAUUGCCGCACAGGACAGAGAAGGGACUGAUGCUGCAGACAUUAGGCAUGGAGAGAACACCCUUUUAAGGAAGAGAGUAAUUGGUGCUGCCUUCUGUGGAGAUUUUGUGGUCCAUUCUUAGACUCUUAAGGUUUCGGCUUGGUAUAAUUACUAUUUCCUGCAGAAGAAAAACCAAACCCGUUGCCAUCAAGUCGAUUCCGGCUCAUAGAGGAAGCAAUAAUUAUAGAAACAACUGUUUGCCAAACUAAUGAAGAGACUGUGGGGAGUGCAAACAAUUCAAGAGGACUAGAUUGUUCGAACGCACCUAGCAGCUUUGCGGGAGAAAGACCUGGUGAUCUGUUUUUGUAAAGAUUACAACCAAGAAAACCUUAUGGAACAGUUCUACGCUGUAACGCAUAGGAUCUAUAUGAGUCGAAAUCGACUUGAUGACACCUAACAACAGAUUAUCAAUAAAGAUUAUCAAUAAGUCACUUAUGUUUGGCCAUGAAAAUUGACAGUCUAAGACCUACUGAAGAAGAGCUUAUGAAAUUGUCGGUAGUAAAAAUAAUAGUGUGGGUUGUUGAUCAUGCAAUGCUGUGAUUCUUUCCCAGGUACCACACCUGCUGGUAUUCAGAUGGAGCAGCACACUAGUCAGCCCACUAACAAAAAAGAUGAAAAAGGUGUGUGUCAGAAGCCCCACUUCCUUUCACUUAAAAGCCACACCUUCCUAAAUGCUCAGCAUUUGGGAUAAUGAUUCUAGUUUUAUGUUCAUUUUCCCCUGUUCAUUGGAAGGUAUUUGUGUUUAUUCUGCAUUUCCCACUAAAUGGGGACAUUGCUGUAUUCCCAGUGCCUAGAACUGGAUCUCUCAUAUAGUAGAUUCUCAAUAAUUAUUUGUUGAAACAAUUUCUUAUUUUUCUUUUGUGUCUUUUAAUACUUAUAACAAGAAUUUACUUGUACAGUGGUCCAAGAAGACAUGGCCUUGAACAGAUACUCAGUUUGAGUGGGACAGUCCUCUGGGAGCCAGGGAAAUGCCUGAGGCAGUCUGACUCCAGAGCCUGUCCACUUAACUGUAGGUGGAAUAGACUAUCUGAGUAGCCUACUUUGCCAUAGCUUGGACAUAAAUGAACUCAUUCUUUUUACAGAGUCUAUAAUGCAAUGGUUAAAAAAAAACAAAAAGACAUGACUUUAAAGUCUACAGGCCCAGCAUUGCCACUUACUUAUUGUGGAAUCUUAAGCAAGUUUCUUAAUCUAUUUAAGUUUCCUCAGAUAACAUGGAGAUAGUGCUGCCUACCUUACCAGGUUAUGGUGAGGAAUAUAUAAGAUACUGUACGUAAAGCAUUGUUUUAUUUUCUCUGUCCUGCCUCCUUUUGCUGCUUCUCAACCUAAUCCUCUGUUCAAUAUUGUCUAGUCAGAAAUAUGAUUCUUUAGUAUAGAGUAUAUGUAAAGUGUUCUUUAAACUUUACAACCCGGUAGGAAGUGCAUCCUUUUAUACACGGAAAGGGCUCAAAUUAUUUAGAAGUGCCUUUGCAUGGAAAUUAGCAAAUUAACAGAUAUUCAAAUGGUGAGAAGAAUCUUGAGAUUUGAGUUGCAGCUUUUAUCUCCUUACCACUCUGCAUGAGCCGUCAAAUGAUUGAUGACUCUAGGGCAGGCCUGAGGAGAAGAUGGAGGACCUACUGUCUUGUUAGAUGCCAUUGAGUCAGUUCUGACUCACAGCAAUCGCAUGUACAAUGUAAUGAAACACUUAUCUUGCACCAUCCUCAAGAUCCUUGCUAUAUCUGAGCCUGUUGUUAUAGCCACUGGGUCAGUCCACCUCUUUUUUGCUGACCCUCUGCUUUGCCAAGUAUGAUGUCUUUCUCUAGGGACUGGUCCCCCCGAUAACAUGGCCAAAGUAUGUGAGAUGAAGCCUCGACAUCCUUACCCCUAAGGAGCAUUCUGGCUAUAGUUUUUCCAAGUCAGAUUUGUUCAUUUUUUUGGCAGUACAUGGUAUAUUCAAUAUGCUUCACCAACACCAUUAUUCAAAUAUAUCAGUUCUUCUGUUUUUGUAAAAAUGGCUUGGGCAUGGCGUCAGACCUCCUUCCUUUUAAGGGGGAGGGAGAACCAAGAUCAACAGCCCUAGGCUGAUUCCUAUGAGGCGGAGGUCAAACAUGCCUCCUCUCUUCGCCAUCUUUACCAAUUGUAACAGGUUACAAUUCAGGCUCAGGGACACUCAAAGAUACAGUUCUUAACAUCAACACAGCCUCUUCUCAGCUGUGCUCACAGGCACACCUCUCCCUGGCCCUCAGUCUCUGCCCAAAGGCACUCAGCUUUCUCACUCCGUGGGCUGGGAAACCCAUUUCCCUGUAUCCUGUGGGUCUCUAUUGCCGGUUUCUCCUUCCUUGGUGGAGGUGGUACCUUCUUCUUCCCUCUGGGGUGGCUCAUUUCAAGUCCAGCAGGAUGGCAAAACUGACCAAUCCCUUUGGUGGGCUACAAUUACCCUAUCACACAGUCCUGAUCAGUCACUUGGGUGGGAGUUAUAAGACCAUGGCUAGAAGGGCCACACACAAAAACAAUCUGUCACACCGCAGUCUUCCUUAUUCAUUGUCCAGCUUUCACAUGCCUGUGAGGUGAUUGAAAAUACCAUGAUUUGAGUCAUGCGCACCUUAGUCCUCAAAGUGACAUCUUUGCUUUUUAACAUUUUAAAGAGUUGUGUCGUAAUAUCACUAGCUCCGAUUUGUCUCCCUAACGACCCAAGAAACUGUCUUCUUACAUAUCUUGCAUAUCCUCUAGGAUCUAGCCCAGCAGUCACUAUGUAAUGCAUCUCAGUGAGAACUUGUAAGAUGUAAGCGAAUUAAGUUUUAGCUACCCCACCCCUGCCUGGUUUCCCUAAUCCCACUCAGGUUUCUUUUCGUCUUAUGUAUCUUUCCUAAAGAUGUUUGGAAACCCUGGUGGCGCAGUGUUUAAAAGCUACGGCUGCUAACCAAAAGGUCGGCAGUUCGAAUCCACCGGGUGCUCCUUGGAAACCCUAUGGGGCAGUUCUCCUCUGUCCUGUAGGGUCGCUAUGAGGUGGAAUCGACUCGAAAGCAGUGGGUUUGGUUUCAAAGAUGUUUAGGGCAAGGCCUCAGCACUUUGUAGACCAGGUGCAGGGAUCUAAUUAGAAAGGCCACGCCUUGUUGGAAUGAGUUCUGAUUUAGUGGCCUCUGACUUUGUUCCAGCCAAAGAGGAAGUUAGUGCUGUGCCUCUCUGCCGAGCCAAACCCUCCCCCAGCUAUAUUCAUCUUCAAGCAAGCUCCCCAGCAGGCACUUGCUUGAACAUCCAGACAACAAAGCUACCCUCAGGAGUUAACCACAAGCCCAAGGAAUGCAUAGGACUCCUAGAAUGUAUGUAUGCCAAUCUCCAGCUCCAGACCCAGCUUGCCCAACAACAGAUGGCCAUUCUGGAGAAUUUACAAGCAUCCAUGACACAACUGGUUCCUGGGAGGGAAAGCAAGACCUCUCUCCCAGCUGUAUCUCAUAAUCUGUUUUUAAAUCACUUGCCCCAAUUCAGUAAAUGAACUGUGGAACAAAGUUAUUGUGUAAACUUUUCCCUCUCUCUUCCCAGUCAACAUUUGAUGGAAUCUGGGCAUAUAUUCUUCAUGUGGUUGGUUUAUUCACAAGUUCAUAGUAAGUGUUCGUUGAGUAUAAAGCAUUAUACAAGGCACUUGGGGAUACAUGUUACAGAAGAGACAGUUGUGGGGGAUUUACUGUCUAACAAGGCAGAUAAAACAGAUAAUUCACUGCAAAAUUUAGUGGUGCUCUAAGGGGGAAUGAGAGUUCAGAGAGAACAUUGGAGGUUACUGAGAUACAACUGGACCAGCCUUGGAAUCUUGCUGGAGGAAGUAGCUUUAUGAUGAUAUUUGAAGAAGGGGAGCGAUUGGGUGGUAUGGACAAAUGGAGUCAAGUAGUUACAUGUCAGGUGGAAAAAUUGGACAAAGACCUGGAAGUAGGAGAAUAAACCAACAGAAAUGAGGAACAGAGAAAUGAUGGCAGCUUUCCCCACCACCAGAAUAUGGGGCAGGAGGAGGGAUUAGGUAGAAAGAAGACCUGAAAACAGGGCAGCUCUCCCUGGGGACUGUCUCUGAUAGCAGCUAUUGGAAGCUCUGAUUUUACUGGAAGCAGUGGAGAGACAUUGGCAGCUUGCAAAUAGCAGCAAAGUACACAUAAGGGAGUAGACACACCGUGGGCAAAACAUUUUGGCGGGGGAGAGAGAAUGGUAGCUGAGAGGCCUGCGUAAAGUAAUAAUAGUGAUCUGAUGUAAAAUUACCAUGGUCUGGAUAAAGGGUUUAGAAAUGAAGACAGGAAAUGGGUAAAUCCAAGCAGAGAUGGAGUAGUCUUGAGCAUGAAAACACCAAGAGUCAGCAGUCUCUAAGUUGGGAAGUCAGUUUAGUUUUAAGGAGGUUCAGGUCCAGCCCUGAGUUUUCAGUAUUUGUGAAGGAGGCAACUGAGGUUGGCCUAGCUAUUUGAGCCACAUGAAGUCACCACUUUCUCUUACAGGCUUAUUGGCAAAUUACUCUUGAGACUGGGUCCUUGUUACGGAUUGAAUUGUGUCGCCCAAAAAUGUGUGUCAACUUGGCAAGGCCAUGAUUUCCAGUAUUGUGUAAUUGCCCACCAUUUUGUCAUCUGAUGUAAUUUUCCUAUUUGUUAUAAAUCCUGUCUCUAUGGUGUUGAUAACAUGGGAUUAGUGGUAGUUAUGUUAAUGAAGCAGGACUAAAUCUACAACAUUGGAUUGUGUCUUGAGUCAAUCUUUUUUGAGAUGUAAAAGAGAGAAGCUAGCAGAGAGUCGGGGGACCUCAUACCACCAAGAAAGCAGUGCUGGGAGCAGAGCGUCUCCUUUGCACGCAGAGUUCCUGCACAGAGAAGCUCCUCAACCAGGGGAAGGUUGAUAACAAGGACCUUCCUCCAGAGCCAACAGAGAAAGCCUUCCCACUUCUGUAUUAUUUUGAAAAAAAUUGCAGAUGUUAUAUAAUUAUACUGUAAAUGUUUUAGUAUGUAUCUCUAAAAUGUAAAGAGUACUUAAAAAAAAAA